AGUCAGCGUUAUUGCAGUAGGAUCAUCGUUUCUAGUGAGCGUGGCUGCGUUUCUUGCAGUUUAUCUUCCGCUUGGUGGAUGGAAACAUUGGAAGCUUGUUUACAAGACUUUACCUAGAGAUCUGCGUGGAGGCAAGUUGCUCAAGGAUGUCUCAUCAGUUCUCAAACGUCUCAAAGCAGAGGAAAAAGGUGUUCACGAUGUGUUCGAAGAAACCGUCUCUACAAAUCGUAACAAGGUGGCUAUCAUUUUUGAGGGCAAAGAGUGGACGUUUCAAGAUCUUGAUCAGCUAUCUAACCGAAUCGGUCACUAUCUCAGAAUAGCUGGGUUUCAUCCUGGAGACACAAUUGCUAUAUUUAUGCAAAAUUGUCCUCAAUAUGUGGCCCUUUAUUUGGGCAUGUCAAAAAUUGGGGUUGUUGCAUCACUCAUUAAUCACAACUUGCGAUCAGAUUCUCUUGUUCAUUGCGUUAAAGCUGCAUGCACUACGGGAUUAAUAUUUGAAACCAGAUUGGGUGUUGCUGUUGAGGAGGUGCAGGAGAGUUUGAAUGGGAUGAAGCUUUAUUGUUUAGAUGGAGAAAUGGAAAGACUUACUGCUACUAACAUGGAACCAGCACUAAGAACGUGUUGUAUCACCAAACCAGAAAUAGGACUCAAAGUGAAUCCAAAGCAAGUACUUUUCUAUGUUUUUACUUCCGGAACAACAGGCCUACCAAAGGCUGCGAUGGUGUCACACUAUAGAUUUAUAUAUUUUUCAUUGGCGGUAUAUAUUGCUCAGCGUCUCAAACCAGAAGAUAUCAUUUAUAGUGCUUUGCCAUUGUACCAUACGAAUGCUGUUGUGUUAGGAAUGGGAAUAAUGAUUCAAAAAGGAGUGACGGUGGUGCUUAGGAGGAAGUUUUCGGCUAGUCAUUUUUGGGAAGAUUGUUGUCAGUAUAACUGCACGGCUGUUCAAUACAUCGGCGAGUUGUGUCGUUAUCUUUUGGCUCAGCCUCCUCGCUCAUUUGACACUCAACAUCGUGUUCGUCUUGCUUUCGGUAAUGGCAUGCAGAUGGAACUAUGGGAGAAGUUCCAGUCUCGCUUUCAAGUUUCACAUAUUGGAGAGUUCUAUGGGGCAACAGAAGGGAAUGUUGCUGCCAUAAACUCAACUGGAAAAGUUGGAGCAUGUGGUCAUUUUUCUGUGAUUGAUCCGUUUGACAUUUACCCUGUCAAAAUUAUUAAACGUGAUGAAACAACUGGGCAGCCAAUUCGUGACUCCAAUGGUCUCUGUGUUUUAUGUAAACCUGGUGAAUGUGGCGAGAUCAUUGGUAAGGUGAAGAAACACGGGGUGUUCCAACAGUUUGAUGGAUAUGCAAACAAGGAGCAAACAGAGAAGAAGCUGAUCUACAAUGUGGUGCAGAAGGGAGACGUCUGGUUUAGUUCUGGAGACGUUAUGAUCCAAGACGAAGAGGGAUACAUCUAUUUUCUUGAUCGCACUGGAGACACAUUUCGUUGGAAGGGAGAGAAUGUCUCUACACGAGAAGUAGAAACCAUAAUCAGUGAUCUGUUAGAGAUGCGAGAUGUGGUUGUUUUUGGAGUUGCAAUACCCAGAACGGAGGGAAAAGCAGGGAUGGCUGUGAUUGCUGCAAACCAAGUUACUGAUAUCAACUUGAAUGAACUACAGCAUCAACUAUUGAAGAAACUUCCUGCUUACACACACCCGAUGUUCAUCCGAAUCGUUUCGUCAUGUGAUCUGACUGGGACAUUCAAACUAAAAAAAGUGGGUCUACGAGCUGAAGGAUACAACAUUCAUGAGGUGUCUGACCCACUUUUCUAUCUUGAUGUCCGAGGUAGCAAACAAUACGAAGUCCUGAAUGAAGACUCAUAUCAAGCUAUUCUCAAUGGCAAAAUUCAAUUUUAAU